AUGGAUGCCAAGGGAGGCGGAAACAAGGUGGUGGAGCGAAGCAGGCUGGCUGCUAAAGGCGAUGCGGCCGAGCGCAACAAGGAUAAGGAUCGCAAUGCGGCUGGAGGUGCAGGGAAGAAUCCUAAGAAGAGACGCAAGGUUAACCACGCUUGCGUGUAUUGUCGCAGAUCUCACAUGACAUGCGAUCUUGAGCGGCCAUGUACUAGAUGCAUUAAGCGAAAUAUUGGCCACCUCUGCCACGAUGAGCCCCGCGAAUCAGAGCCAAAGAAAAAGACGGCUACCGCCAAAACCGCCUCAACAGCUUCCGUAGAUGAUUCCGACACCAUGUCGCAGUCUGAUUUGGGUCACAGCUCCAUCUCGAGCGCCAUGGGCCCACCCCCAGCUUUCGAUGGCGCCAGGCAGAGGGCAAAUUCGGGCAUGGGGUCUGGAGGCGUGCUUGGACAAGGCAAUCCAUUGUCUCUUGUGCAACCCGACACUUCGUCGGGCUUGCAGUCCAGCGCGUUGAGCAGCAACGGUAACGCGAAUCAAUUUGCGGGCUUCUCGGAUGCUUGGCUCACGGCGCAAAAUUUCCAUGAGAUGAAUACCUAUAAUCCCAACUACAUGAUUGGACCCGAGGUCACUCACGAGUUUAACUUACUCAACGACUUUCUACACAACAGCCUUCUCGACGAGAGCAAUAUUGCCUCUAAUGAAGCUCAGAAUAGUGCAGCCUUUAACCGGCCAGGAGGGGCAUCAGAGAUGCUUGGCAGCUUUGGUAGUAACAAUGAUUUAGCAGCAGGUGGCUCCCUACAGGCACAACAUAUUCGAGGGUCCAUGCUACCUCCUCCCAAUGUCGAUAAUAAAACCACUAGGUCUGACAAAGACAAGACGCGGGAAUACUAUCUCCAGGCUGCGGACCCUUCUGGAAACGAUAAUCCAGAAGAGCGUAUGUCUCGCGUGCUCAAGGCCAAGUACGAUGCUGGCUUACUCAAACCUUUUAACUAUAUCAACGGUUAUGCACGGCUCGGCAAAUAUCUGGACGGGCACAUCGCGCCCUCUUCAAAACAAAAGAUUUUGCGGACGAUCAACCAGUUUCGGCCCAAGUUUAGAGAAAAGGCCCAGGGCUUGACGGACAUGCAGCUCGUGUACGUAGAGAUGUGGUUUGAGAAACAGCUGAUGGACUACGAUCGGGUAUUUGCGAGUAUGGCAGUACCGGCGUGUUGCUGGAGGAGAACGGGAGAAAUCUUCCGAGGAAAUAAGGAGAUGGCAGAGCUGAUUAAUGUACCAGUGGAUCAGCUGCGAGAUGGCAAAAUCGCGCUACAUGAGAUCCUCACGGAAGAGUCCAUGGUGCGAUAUUGGGAGGAAUUUGGCACCAUCGCCUUUGAUCCGGCACAUGAUACGUUGUUGACGGCGUGCUCCCUCAAGAAUCCUAGUGAUUCCUCAGAUCAUCCCAUUAUCAAGUGCUGUUUUUCUUUUACGAUACGGCGUGAUGAACAUAAGUUGCCCGCGCUAAUUGUUGGCAAUUUCUUGCCACACGAUCCUCCUGUAUCAUGA